AUGAAUUUAGUCGACCAAAUACAAAAGUAAUUCCAAGAACUCUCUAAAGUAUUCCUAAAUUGUCUAUUUGAAGUAUCAAUCAAUUUAGACCAAAAUAAUCAGCAACUCUUGCGAUUAGAACAAAUUAUUAAAUAAGCCGCGAUCGACAUUUUAGAAGAAUUUCCUUUAUAGAAAGAAAUUAAUCAACAGCAUAAAUAAACAAAGCCUAAUUAGCAAUCGAUUUAGAUUAGAAUAAAGGGAAAAGUUGAAAAAUAAAAUUAGAAUCUAAAUACUUAAAUAGAAAAUGCUAAAACCUUAAAAACUCAAGUGUCCUAAGAAGAUAGUAAAAUGGAAUAGUUGAUACCCUAAAUAACAUUGAAACAACCUUUUGAUUAGACUUGCUUUCUAUGUUAAAAUACAAAUAAUUUAAAACAAUAAACAAGUAAGAUAAUUAAUGAUAAUCAAUAUUUCUAUCACAUGGAAUGCUUUACCAAAGCGAAAUUUAAUCAUUUAAGUAUCGAUAAAAUGUUAGAAAUUUUUAAAUCGAAAAUUUGUAAAAUUUGCAAUAAACAUGGGGCAUAUUAUUAAUGUGAAAAUUGCGAAUUAUGGUAUCACUAUAGUUGUAUGUCAGAAUUAUAUCAGAAUACUAAAGAAUGUAUUGAUUGUCCUUGUAAACCCAUUGAUAUCUUCUAAGCAUAAGAAAUUGAUCUCUAAGUAGAAGAUGUUCAAAGCAAGAAAAAGAUAAAAAUUGAUCAUAUAUCACAAAACACAGAUUUAUUUUCUGACAUCUCUUUUAAAAGGGAAUUAAAAUCAAUGUGA